GGCAUCGCUGUCUCCCCAGCAGCAGCACUGCCCGCACCGCUCUCCCCUCACAGCCACAGGUCGCAGCAGCAGCAAGCAUGGACAUUACCAUCCAGCACCCCUGGUUCAAGCGUGCUCUGGGACCCCUCAUUCCAAGCCGUUUGUUUGACCAGUUUUUCGGAGAGGGUCUCCUUGAGUAUGAUCUCCUGCCUUUGUUCUCUUCCACUAUCAGCCCCUACUACAGGCAGUCCCUCUUCCGCAGCGUGCUGGAGUCGGGCAUUUCAGAGGUGAGGUCUGACCGGGACAAGUUUACAAUCAUGCUGGAUGUAAAACACUUCUCUCCCGAAGACCUGAGUGUGAAGAUUAUCGAUGACUUUGUGGAAAUCCAUGGCAAGCACAGUGAAAGACAGGAUGACCACGGCUACAUCUCCCGCGAAUUUCACCGCCGGUACCGCCUGCCCGCCAACGUGGACCAGGCUGCCAUCACCUGCUCCCUGUCCAACGACGGCAUGCUGACCUUCUCAGGACCCAAGGUCCCCUCCAACAUGGACGCCAGCCACAGCGAGAGGCCCAUCCCUGUGUCCCGGGAGGAGAAGCCCACCUCCGCGCCUUCCUCUUAAGCCCGCCUGUCGCUGCGGUACGCAGGCUGCCACCGUCUGCAGGUCUCAUUCCCAGAGCCAUUGCAUAGAUAUCAGUGAAUAUCUAGAGGGGUUUAUUUUGUUGGUUCCCCCCCUCCCUUUUUUUCUUUUUUUUUUUUUUUUUCCCUUUCCCUCAGACGGGACAAGGGGCUGGGUGAGCGGCUGGUGGA